GACUACAACCUCCCUUCUGUUCAUAGUCCUAAAUACCCGACUACAACCUCACUUCUGUCCAUUGUCCUGAAUACCCGACUACAACCUCACUGCUGUCCAUUGUCCUGAAUACCCGACUACAACCUCACUUCUACAACCUCACUUCUGUUCAUUGUCCUGAAUACCCGACUACAACCUCACUGCUGUCCAUUGUCCUGAAUACCCGACUACAACCUCACCGCUCUCCAUUGUCCAGAAUACAAAGUCACUGCUGUCCAUGGUGCUGAAUCCGAUUACAUUUUCACUGCAGUCAAUAGUCCAGAACACCUGACUACAUUGUCUGUGCUGUCCGAGGUGCUGAAAUGAGUAACCCAGCUUUCUAUGGUCCUGUCCUAAAUCUACCCUGAUGGUUGAAUGGCAGAAGAGCCCUGAUCACCACUAGAAGCUUCUCCACAGAACUCUGACUCCAGAGCCUUUUCCCCAUUCUGGUUCAUGGCCAUCCCACGCAAGAAAGAAGGAUAUUUAUUGGAUAUUAUAGUGCAUAGCACAGCCUGAGCUCCUCUGCUAUCACUCCUAUGGCUUUCCUCAUUACUACAUAAGCCGAUGCCUAUGUCUGUCUCUUCCAAGGCCACACCAUAGACAUUCUACCUACUUAUUAUUUUUUUUUUUUUAUUGAAUUCCUGAUGUAUCCGGAUUAAGGAGAGAGAAAAGUCCUAUUAAUAGUCAAUCAGCCAUUAUUCCUUUUGGCCUUAAAAUUCGUAAUGAGAACUUUUCCUUGAAAGCAGAGAUUCAAGAACUGGACUUAAUAAAAGGAUCGACAUGGAGUUUAGAAAAGAAGAAUUCAAGAAGCUAGCGGGUAAUACCCUAGGACAACUGCACAGGAUAUUGGAAAAACGGCAGCCAAACAGCGGGGAAACAAUCGAAUUGACAGAAGAAGGAAGGCCGGUGAUUAAGACCGAGAAACGUCAGCCUGUUGUAGACUGUACAUGCUUUGGAUUGCCCCGACGUUACAUUAUUGCCAUUAUGAGUGGACUGGGGUUCUGUAUCUCUUUCGGUAUCAGAUGUAACCUGGGUGUGGCCAUCGUCAGUAUGGUGAAUAAUAACACAGUGUAUAGAGGGGACAAACUCGUCAUGGAGCAAGCACAAUUUUCCUGGGACCCUGAGACAGUUGGCAUGAUACAUGGAUCUUUCUUUUGGGGCUAUAUAGUGACACAAAUUCCGGGAGGAUAUAUUUCACAAAAAUUUGCAGCUAAUAGGGUGUUUGGAUUUGCUAUAGUUGCAACGUCAACAUUAAACAUGUUAAUCCCAUCAGCUGCCAGAGUGCAUUAUGGGUGUGUUAUCUUCGUUAGGAUCCUGCAGGGAUUAGUAGAGGGAGUAACAUACCCAGCGUGCCAUGGUAUCUGGAGCAAGUGGGCACCCCCCUUGGAACGCAGCAGACUGGCUACAACAGCUUUCUGUGGUUCCUAUGCUGGAGCAGUGGUGGCCAUGCCAUUGGCUGGGGUACUAGUCCAGUAUACGGGAUGGAGCUCAGUCUUCUAUGUCUAUGGGAGCUUUGGGCUUUUCUGGUAUAUGUUCUGGAUUCUUGUGUCCUAUGAGAGUCCCGCACAACAUCCCACCAUUUCAGAGGAAGAAAGAAAGUACAUUGAAGAAAGCAUCGGAGAAAGUACAGGUUUCAUGAACCCUUUAACGAAAUUUAAGGCACCGUGGCGAAAGUUCUUUACCUCAAUGCCAGUGUACGCCAUCAUUGUCGCAAACUUCUGCCGCAGUUGGACAUUCUAUCUCCUGCUCAUUAGCCAGCCGGCUUACUUUGAAGAAGUGUUUGGCUUUGAAAUCAGUAAGGUCGGACUUCUCUCUGCACUUCCACACUUGGUUAUGACAAUUAUAGUGCCCAUUGGAGGACAGAUUGCUGACUUCCUGCGUACCAAGAGAAUCAUGUCUACAACCAAUGUCCGUAAGAUGAUGAACUGUGGAGGCUUUGGUAUGGAAGCUACUCUGCUCCUCGUUGUGGGCUAUUCACACACCCGUGGAGUAGCCAUCUCCUUCCUUGUUCUGGCUGUAGGAUUCAGUGGCUUUGCUAUAUCAGGUUUCAACGUUAAUCACUUGGACAUUGCACCUCGAUAUGCCAGUAUUCUCAUGGGUAUUUCCAAUGGUGUAGGAACCCUUUCUGGAAUGGUUUGUCCCUUGAUUGUUGGAGCGAUGACAAAGCACAAGACUCGAGAAGAGUGGCAGUAUGUCUUCCUUAUUGCUUCUCUUGUUCACUACGGUGGGGUAAUCUUCUAUGGCAUAUUCGCAUCGGGAGAAAAGCAGCCAUGGGCAGAACCUGAAGAAACCACUAUUGAGAAAUGUGGGUUCAUUCAUGAAGAUGAGCUUGCUGAGGAGAGUGAAGAUCAGCCUCAGGGCUACGGCGGGUACGGCAGCUAUGGCGCCACCAAAAGCACAAGCUUUCCCAAUGGCGGUUGGCCAGCCGAAUGGGAGAAGAAGGAAGAAUUCAUUCAGGACCAGGGAAAGGACCCCUAUCUAUAUGGGACAGCUACAGAAAGGGACUUAUCAUGAAAAUAAACCCAUACAAAAGUCCAUGUAAAACAAUAGCAAUGUUUCCACUCCAACUGAGGGUGAGCGAGAAUUUUAUUGAAAGGUGACCAGUGUUGCCAAGCCUCCCCACUUUACAUGAUCAACGUGGCUUCCUUUCUAUUGUUUUAAUGCAUUAUUAUUUACCAUGAGGGGUUAAAGGCAGUGCCUCUAGUACCCCACAGCCACCCCCAUCAUUUUUUGUGGUGUCCAAGGGCCCAUUCUGUUUCUGGUAUCAGUGAUUUGCUUGUUUCUUGUGUAGAUCACCACAAGGCACGUGUCUUCUAACGUCUAUCACUCGUUUAAGUGUGGAAGCAAUAACAAUUGAAUGCGUGAGGUUUCAAUCAUAUGAACACUGAUUUAUAUUAAUGUAACACGUUUUUGUGGGUUGUUGGUUGCUACUAAGUGUUUGUGGACCAGAAAUAAAAAUGUGGGCACUACCCUGACUGCACACAUCUCCAGACAAGGCUGGACACCAAAAUACUUUUUAUCCUUUGUUUCUUCUAUUUAAUUUAAAAUAGUUAUAAAAUAUGAAGCAAAAUUAUUAUUUAAAGAUAAAAUAUUAUUUCAAAAAUGUAUAUAAAAUAAUUAUAGAAAAAUAUAUAUGUAUAUGAAAAUUGUCUCCUCUCAAGGAGAUCCCAUAGUGAAUCUCAAGGAAGACCCUCACAAUGGGGACUUCUUUACCCUGAUGUCUAAUGGGUCAUUGUUGGGGUAAAUGUCCAUUUGGGUGGGUAGGGGGGAUGAGUGGUCUAUAUUUACCAUUGUGGUGAGUAUUGUCAUUUUCCAUUCUUGGGGCUUACUUUGUGAUUGGUGAAGUUGAUGAGGCACAUGUUGUGUGUUAUUGUGUGCUUGGCAAUGGUGAGUCAAUUCAUGGCAUGCUGCGUUCUCUCUUGGACCAACAUGAUGGGAAAAAAAAUAAUAAUAAUAAAAACCAUUUACAUUACUUGUUAGUUUAUAUUUUGUCACUUUUUCAUCCAACUUCAAGUCAGCAUCCCCUUGUCCAGAGAAUGAUAAGUGCAUUACAUUAGAGUCUUCUGUGUGGCCUCAUUGUACAUUGCAGUAAAUUUGGCGUAAAUUGUGCCCUCACCAAAACAAUUCAUUGUUUCAGUUUUAAUGAAUACCAAGCAUUUUGGACUCUUAUGCCAAAGCCCUUUCUGGACUUUUCAGACCUUAUCCAAAGAUGACAGAUGUUAACCUGUUAAGCGCUGUAUGUUACUCCAGUUCUCAGACAAAACCAUUAAACUCCAGCAGUAUGCAAGCUAUAAUAUCCAAUGUCUUCAGAGCAGAUCAUGUGAUCAGAGGCUUUCUUGUCUACCUAAGCAUGCCUCUGAGCAAUAGGGUGACUCUAUGUAAUCUAUCAAGCCUAAUGCAUUCUACACAUCAAGCUUAUAACAGAGGGGAGAACUGGAGAUGCAGAGGGAUAGGUGUUCCGGGAGGGGUGAUGGUUAUGAAGAUAAAAUGACUUAAACAUGUGCAGUAUUGUACAUAAUAAAUUAUAUUCCGAUUCAGAA